UGACAACAGCAAACAGGCGGAACCGUCGCACAUAUCGACGAUACGGAGUCCAUAACGCCAUCAUGUCCCAGCCCACUACUCCAGUCCUCUCUGUUCAUCCGACCCGGGCUCUGGUUGAUGAGACGUUCAAGGUGGUGGUGGAGAAUCUGCCGCCAGCGUAUCCAGUCACUCUUUGCUCCCUCCACUUCUCUGAGGACAAGGACGACUGGGAGGCUUAUGGACACUACAUGAGUGAUCACAGAGGAACAGUUAAUGUUGCAGAGGAUAUGAGCUUUGGGGGCACAUACAUGGGAAAAGAACCCAUGGGUUUGUUGUGGAGCAUGAAUCCAGAGCCAGGCAGCCGCCCAGGUCUCAGGCUUAGAAAGAAAGAAGUCACCAGCCCCAUGUUGGUCCACAUCUCAGUCUACAGUGGACACAUAAACGAAGGCUUCAGGAAACAGCCUCCUCUGUCCUCUGUGCUCACAGAGAGAUGGUACAUGGCUCCAGGAGUCCAGAGGAUUGAAAUCAAAGACAGAGGAGUGCGAGGGACUCUCUUUAUACCUUCAGGUCCUGGACCCUUUCCUGGGUUGUUGGAUUUGUGGGGAGGAGGUGGAGGGCUGGUGGAAUAUCGUGCAGCUUUGCUGGCAUCUCAUGGUUAUGCAUGUUUGGCGCUGGAGUAUUUUUCCCCCAGUGAGCUGAAGACAGAGGAGCUCCUGUUACAAUAUUUUGAGACAGCUAUUGACAUCGUCAAGGACCAUCCUCAAGUGAUCCCAGAUAGAGUUGGAUUUUUUGGUCUUUCCCUCGGCACGGUUUUGGUCAUUCAUAUCGCGGCUGGAAGCACAGAAAUCAAGCCUCGCUGCUGUGUUUGUGUUAGCGGCCACCACUUAUUUCCGAGUGAAACAUCUCUUAAUCUAAAUUUAAAACAUGAACAACAACGACAAUUGAAGAAACGGUUCGAUGAGAACAAUUACCAGAUAUCACGCUACAUGCGUCUACCGAUCCACAGUGACCCCUCAGAGAAAGACGCUGUUCAGAAAAUAAAGUGUCCCAUUCUGUUGGUCACCGGCGAUGAUGAUCAGAACUGUCCUGCUGUUGAGGCUGCUGAGGAUAUGGCUCAGAUGAUGCAGGCUGGAGGAAACCUCCACCUGCUCUCCACGCUGACCUACCCCAACACCGGACAUCUGAUCGAGCCGCCGUAUUCGCCUCACUUCAGAGCAACUAACUUCAUAGUUCCUAUUGUGAAACAGAAAGUGAUAAUGCUGUGGGGAGGACAACCCAAACCUCAUUCAGACGCUCAGGAAGACUCCUGGAGGAAGAUCUUAGCUUUUCUUCGGUAUCAUCUCUACAACGACAUAAUCCCCAAAGCCAGGAUGUGAAUCAUUACAGGACCAGGAAACACAAAUAAGUCUGAUGACUUGAUUUACAACAGUGAAGUGUUGGAAUUUUGAAGUAUGCCAGUGAAAAUUAACUAUUUCCUUAGGACCUAACAAAACAAGGACUUAACUAAAAUAUAUGAUGAAGUUCCCCUAAGAAUUUCUUUUUAGGGGACAAAAUAGAUAACUGUAUGAUAAGGUGCUCUCUAGGGUGCCCUGUAAGUGGAAAAAAUAUGAUACAGUCCUUUCGAAUGUGACCUAUAAGUGGAAAAAAUGUGAUAAAGUUCCCUAUAAGUUGACAAAAUAUGAUAAAGUGCCCUCUAUGUGGACAAGAUUUAAUGACGUGUCCUCUAUGGUACCCUCAAAAUAAAAUAUGAUAAAGUGCCCUCUGUGGUGUCCUGUAAGUGGACAAAAUGCGAUUAAGUGCCCUUAAGGAGUCCCUCUAAAUUGACGAAACCUUAAACUACCAGUACUUCCGGGGUGCAAACUUAGUGGGCAAAAUAUGAUAAAGUGCCAUCUAGAUUGCCCCCUAUGUGGGCGAUAUGAUCUAGGGCCCCCUUUAAUAGACAAAAUGUGACAAAGUGACCUCUAGGUUUCCUCUAAGUGGACAAUAUGUAAUAAAGUGCUCGUUAAUGUUCUCUCAUAGUGGGGGGUGCACAGAUAGCCUACUGGUCUAAGGCACCACCCAUGCACAUGGGCGGCCUGGGUUCGAUUCUGGCUGGUAUGUCUCUCCCCACACUUGCUCCCGUUUCUGUCUCGAUCCACUGUCCUCCUCUAUGGAAUAAGGGCAAGAAAAGUCCAA